GGACUGUUAUGCCGGAAUUCAAAAGUAAUUACCAACGCCGUAACUCAUAUGUUUACUUAUAUAAGUAAUCGUAUUUGUUUCUCCUUUCAUUUUAAAUUUCCUUUUUUCAUAUCGAUGAAAGUAAUAUGUUGAGGACGUUUCCACUUUACCAACUUUAUUUGCAGAUUCCUCGACACCAUCUUCACGAAAGACCACUAGCCCAACUUCAACAGGUCAGUGAUGUUAAGGGGUAGUCACUAAGUAUAGUGUUGCAAUGGGAAUAAUUGCAGUGGCAGAUUCAGACCUUAGGAUAAGAGGGGGGCGGUCAUCCAGACCCAGAGAUAAGGGGGGGCUUUCUUAAAAUUUUUUUCCGACCUUUCAGGCCUCAGUUUGGUCCAAAAAUAACAGGGAGGCCCGAGGCCCCCGGGCCCCUCCCCUAGAUCCGCCUCUAAAUUGCCAAAAAAAUCUAAAAAUAGUAUCCAGUUCUUAAUAAUGUUGGUUAAUAAUAGCGGAGCUGUCGCGCGCGCGAAGCGCGCGCGCAGCGGAGCACCAUGGGUAAGAAAAGUUGGUAAACUAUCCAUCAGAGAAAAUUUGGUUAUGACGUAGAGUACGCCCGCCAACCCACCCGUACACACACUUCAUGUAAACCGAUGUCAAAUGUCAAAAUAGAUCAGUUGCACAACUUGACUAGCCUCUUAGUUAUGUAAGCCAUCCGUAUGAGUACGAUUAGAUUGACAGCUGUCAAAAUCAGACAUCCGCUGACAAUUAUCACAUGACCAUCUCGCGAGCUCAGAUGAAAGACCAUCCGUUUUGCCCCUACAUAUAAGCUGAAAUAAUAUGUCACACUUACCAAUUCAGCAUAAAAACGAAACUACGCCGGGCAAGGCUGUCAUUUGGCUGACAGUCGUUUAAAGUUAUACUGGCAAGCCAAAUUAAGGUCAAUUGACAGCUGUCAAAAUUGGACAUGUGCAGACCACUAUCAGAAAACUAAUAACGUGGGCUCAGGUUCGCUCAGGUACACGAUCUGGCUUUUUCCAAUACAUGCCGGACAGAUAUGUCUUACUCACACUCGUAGUCUGUUAAUUCGAAUAUUCGCCAUUCUAAUGAAGGUUAAUUGACAGCUGUCAAGAGUAUACGCUGACCAUCAUUACCUGAGUGUAUCGCGGGCUCAUUUUUCUAUCCAUUGAGGUCACGUAUUGUUUAAAGUUUUGCGCUGAUAUUUUAUAUGAUCACGGGCUCAAUUCGAAGCCUCAUAGCUUAGAAAAUCUCUCUCUCCUAGAAAAUUCGGCAAUCACGUGACCGUACACCGACCACCCGACCUUUUGUCCGUCCGCACGACAGGCAUACCAAUGUUUAAUCUCUAGCUAGUUUGGGAGCCUGCAACCUGAUAUUGUACAUCCAUAUUUGAUUAAUUGACAGCUGUCAAAAUAGUGUUUAUGCUGACCAGUGUCGUCAGACCAUAUCGCGGGCUCAGGUAUUGACCCACUGAGUUCGCGUGUUUUUUGAAGGUAUCCGCUGACAAGUUGCUACUUUUCAAAUGAUCGCAGGCUCAAGUUCAAUUUUUUUAAAAUGCAUAUGAAAUAAGUCGUGUUCAUGAGCCGCACUUCAGGAGCCCAUAACCUAGCACUUUUAAAAUGUUGAUUUCGAACUGACCUCGGACGGGAAAAUUCAACCUUCUUUUACAUUUACAUGCAGGGAAGGCAAUCGUUUUUGACUUUUCUGACUGUCAUGCGUUGAUCACGGUCUACGUCCAAUUUUUUAUGUUCUGAUUGGUCAAAAUUUGACAGGUGAGUUCAUGCGGAAAAUUUAUGCAGCGUCUGGAAACUUGCUUACUGAUAGCUGAAGCUGACAAAGUUUUGUGUCAUCUUGUGAUGUUUUAAACUGUCUUUUCCUACUUGGUGUACAAAAUGAAAUACAGCUGCUAUCAAGAUUGUUCUGUAAUUCAUGGCUGGUUUGUUUAUUGCGCUUUUUGUUGACAAAUGCACCGCUUGUCAAAGUCAUUGGAAAUCCGAUUUCGGAUGGCAUCGUUUUUAAAAACGAGCUCACUCACUUGCCUUUGCUUGAGGCAUAAGAGGGUUGAAAAGUCUCAAGCGAUUCUGGAACACUUGAUGACCUUCAGAAGCAGCAUCUCGACUGGUAAGCCUGAGCAAUUAUUGUCUUUGAUGUGCGUUUUUUUUUCGGUUUCCUGAAGUCAAGUGUAUGGUUUAUGCGGCUUAAGUUUAUACACGAGCAAUGAUCUAACCUACAAUAGUAUCAGUUUUAAAAAGCCUUUAGACAUUUUUUGACCACAAAUUCAAAGAAAAGGUUCCGAAUAUUAUUUAGUUAUAAUUUUGGCUGUAAACAGAAAGCUCUGAGCGAUUUUCUUGCCUCGAGUUCAUCUUGAAAAGAACAAACACCGGAAAGCCCGCUUCAAACAUAAAUAAGCUUAUGCUUACCUGAGUCGUGAUUUUCAGAGACACUUUACUCUCAAUACUUCUCUUCGUGAAUGAAAAUUAUUGUCUCUGUACAUGUUUCACCGAAUUAUAUUUAUUUUAUUGAUUGUUUGUAGUCCCUCUCGCAAUUUUUAUCGCUGCACCGGUUGUUUCCAGUCGAACAUAUACAUCGCAUGCAGGAAUAUUCAAAACGCCGUGCGUAAAUAUCACUCGCUUUUAAAGAUUACACGUAACAAAACCUUACACAGUUUAAUAAAUAAGGGGAAAUAAAACCUAAACUUAGCAAGUUCUCUAUCAUGUUGAAGCGUAAAUGGUAACUCUAUUAAUCGCACUGUUAAAAGCCCAUAAUUAUUACCCUGCAUAUCACAUAGGACCAGAUUUUUCUAACUGAAAAGUCCCGGCAUUAUAGAAUUCUCUUCAUGAAAACCUUUUAUAAUUCAAUGCUAUCAUUUGUUGUGCAAAGGAAGCGCGUGCUUUGAUCGUCGUGGAUAUUGAAUGAGUGCAAAUUCUCUCGCAAAAUUGUGAAAAACUGCAGAAUUAUAGGUUUAAAUAGGGCAAAAAAGAACAAACUCUGUCCGAGGUCUGUAUGAUAAAAAAGGGCCUCAUAGUACUGUUUACCUGAGACGUGAUGAGAAAAAGUUUGAUUAAAAGGCUGGCUUACACGCCACCAGAUUCGACGCCAAGAUUUACUAGUAACCUAAACUUGCCGAACACAAAAAAAAUCCGGCCUGAUAUCUAUUUUGGCCUCUCUUUUAGACAGAGGAAUGCAACGUGUAAAUUGGCUGCAACAAAGGACUAUCGUGGCGCGUGUGUUUCUUAACAUUAUAUUAUUAGCCAUAGUCUCUCUAACGGAGCAAUGUUGGAGAGACAGGUGAAUACCACAUUAUGAUGCAACAGCUAAUGCAAAUACAAUACUCAAAUAGGUCUAUUUGUUUUCCAGGCCUAAUCUACUGUGAUCGAACAUGAUUGCUAUUUUUAGGUGUACAAAUAAGACUAUUUAGUAAUUCGAUGUAAAAUUGUUUCACUCUUGGACUGUCAAAUUAUUUUUUUUUCUAAAAUCACUUAGCCUUUGCCUCAAAAGUCAAAUAAAUGUGCCCUGAUCUGUGGAUUACAAGUUUAUUGUUUGAUUUAAAUUAUGAAUUUAUUAACGAGAGCUUCGCUUUUAGCCCUGGGUAAAUCUAUAUAUUACGAAACAUUGGAAGAAAACAGGACCACGCUGUGUCGGCCCCUGAGUCGCUGCACUGUUAUGCCGGAAUUCAAAAGUAAUUACCAACGCCGUAACUCAUAUGUUUACUUAUAUAAGUUAUCGUAUUUGUUUCUCUUUUUAUUUUAAAUUUCCUUUUUUUCAUAUCGAUGAAAGUAAUAUGUUGAGGACGUUUCUCCUUUACAAACUUGUUUUGCAGAUUCCUCGACACCAUCUUCACAAAAGACCACUAACUCAACUUCAACAGGUCAGUGAUGUUAAGGGGUAGUCACUAAGUAUAGUGUUGCAAUGGGACUAAUUGCAGUGGCGGAUUCAGACCUUAGGAUAAGAGAGGGGGCGGUCAUCCAGACCCAGAGAUAAGGGAGGGCUUUCUUAAUUUUUUUUCCCGACCUUUCAGGCCUCAGUUUGGUCCAAAAAUAACGGGGAGGCCCGGGGCCCCCGGGCCCCUCCCCUAGAUCCGCCUCUGAAUUGCCAAAAAAAAUCUAAAAAUUGCAUCCAGAUCUUAUCCCUUUUCAAAUAAUGCAAAACAUUGGAAGAAAACAGAACCACACUGAGUCAGCCCCUGAGUCGCUGGACUGUUAUGCCGGAAUUCAAAAGUAAUUACGAACGCCGUAACUCAUAUGUUUACUUAUAUAAGUAAUCGUAUUUGUUUCCCUUUUCAUUUUAAAUUUCCUUUUUUUAUAUCGAUGAAAGUUAAUAUGUUGAGGACGUUUCCCCUUUACCAACUUUAUUUGCAGAUUCCUCGACACCAUCGUCACAAAAGACCACUAGCUCAACUUCAACAUGUCAGUGAUGUUAAUGGGUAGUCACUAAGUAUAGUGUUGCAAUGGGACUAAUUGCAGUGGCGGAUUCAGACCUUAGGAUAAGAGAGGGGGCGGUCAUCCAGACCCAGAGAUAAGGGAGGGCUUUCUUAAUUUUUUUUCCCGACCUUUCAGGCCUCAGUUUGGUCCAAAAAUAACGGGGAGGCCCGGGGCCCCCGGGCCCCUCCCCUAGAUCCGCCUCUGAAUUGCCAAAAAAAAUCUAAAAAUUGCAUCCAGAUCUUAUCCCUUUUCAAAUAAUGCAAAACAUUGGAAGAAAACAGAACCACACUGAGUCAGCCCCUGAGUCGCUGGACUGUUAUGCCGGAAUUCAAAAGUAAUUACGAACGCCGUAACUCAUAUGUUUACUUAUAUAAGUAAUCGUAUUUGUUUCCCUUUUCAUUUUAAAUUUCCUUUUUUUAUAUCGAUGAAAGUUAAUAUGUUGAGGACGUUUCCCCUUUACCAACUUUAUUUGCAGAUUCCUCGACACCAUCGUCACAAAAGACCACUAGCUCAACUUCAACAUGUCAGUGAUGUUAAUGGGUAGUCACUAAGUAUAGUGUUGCAAUGGGACUAAUUGCAGUGGCGGAUUCAGACCUUAGGAUAAGAGAGGGGGCGGUCAUCCAGACCCAGAGAUAAGGGAGGGCUUUCUUAAUUUUUUUUUUCGACCUUUCAGGCCUCAGUUUGGUCCAAAAAUAACGGGGAGGUCCGGUGCCCCAGGGCCCCUCCCCUAUAUCCGCCUCUGAAUUGCCAAACAAAUCUAAAAAUAGUAUCCAGAUCUUAUCGCUUUUCAAAUAAUACGAAACAUUAGAAGAAAACAGAACCACGCUGAGUCGGCCCUGAGUCGCUGGACUGUUAUGCCGGAAUUCAAAAGUAAUUACCAACGCCGUAACUCAUAUGUUUACUUAUAUAAGUAAUCGUAUUUGUUUCUUUUUUCAUUUUAAAUUUCUUUUUUUCCAUAUCGAUGAAAGUAAUAUGUUGAGGACGUUUCCACUUUACCAACUUUAUUUGCAGAUUCCUCGACACCAUCGUCACAAAAGACCACUAGCCCAACUUCAACAGGUCAGUGAUGUUAAGGGGUGGUCACUAAGUAUAGUGUUGCAAUGGGACUAAUUGCAGUGGCGGAUUCAGACCUUCAGAUAAGAGACGGGGCGGUCAUCCAGACCCAGAGAUAAGGGGGGGCUUUCUUAGAUUUUUUUUUUCGACCUUUCAGGCCUCAGUUUGGUCCAAAAAUAACGGGGAGGCCCGGGGCCCCCGGGCCCCUCCCCUAGAUCCGCCUCUGAAUUGCUAAACAAAUCUAAAAAUAGUAUCCAUAUCUUUAUGGCUUUUCAAAUAAUACGAAACAUUGAAAGAAAACAGAUCCACUAUGAGCCAGCUCCUGAGUCGCUGGACUGUUAUGCCGGAAUUCAAAAGUACUCAUAUGCUUACUUAUAUAAGUAAUCGUAUUUAUUUUUCUUUUCAUUUUAAAUUUCCUUUUUUUCAUAUCGAUGAAAGUAAUAUGUUGAGGACGUUUCCCCUUUACCAAUUUUAUUUGCAGAUUCCUCGACACCAUCGUCACAAAAGACCACUAACUCAACUUCAACAUGUCAGUGAUGUUAAGGGGUGGUCACUAAGUAUAGUGUUCCAAUAGGACUAAUUGCAGUGGCGGAUGCAGACCUUCAGAUAAGAGGGGGGGCGGUCAUCCAGACCCUGAGAUAAGGGGGGGCUUUCUUAAAUUUUUUUUUCGACCUUUCAGGCCUCAGUUUGGUCCAAAAAUAACGGAGAGGCCCGGUGCCCCUGGUCUCUCCUCUAGAUCCGCCUCUGAAUGGCCAAACGAAUCUAAAAAUAGUAUCCAGAUAUUAUCGCUUUUCAAAUAAUACGAAACAUUGGAAGAAAACUGAACCACUCUGAGUCGGCCCCUGAAUCGCUGGACUGUUAUGCCGGAAUUCAAAAGUAAUUACCAACGCCGUAACUUAUAUGUUUACUUAUAUAAAUAAUCGUAUUUGUUUUUCUUUUCAUUUUAAAUUUCCUUUUUUUUCAUAUCGAUGAAAGUAAUAUGUUGAGGACGUUUCCCCUUUACCAACUUUAUUUGCAGAUUCCUCGACACCAUCGUCACAAAAGAACACUAACUCAACUUCAACAGGUCAGUGAUGUUAAGGGGUAGUCACUAAGUAUAGUGUUGCAAUGGGACUAGUUGCAGUGGCAGAUUCAGACCUUCAGAUAAGAGAGGGGGCGGUCAUGCAUCCAGACCCUGAGAUAAGGGGGGGCUUUCUUGAAAUUUUUUUUCGACCUUUCAGGCCUCAGUUUGGUCCAAAAAUAACGGAGAGGCCCGGGGUCCCCGGGCCGCUCCUGUAGAUCCACCUCUGAAUUGCCAACCAAAUCUAAAAAUAGUGUCCAUAUCUUAUCGCUUUUCAAAUAAUACGAAACAUUGAAAGAAAACAGAACCACUCUGAGUCGGCCCCUGAGUCGCUGGACUGUUAUGCCGGAAUUCAAAAGUACUCAUAUGUUUACUUAUAUAAGUAAUCCUAUUUGUUUUUUCUUUUCAUUUUAAAUUUCCUUUUUUUCAUGUCGAUGAAAGUAAUAUGUUGAGGACGUUUCCCCUUUACCAACUUGAUUUGCAGAUUCCUCGACAGCAUCGUCACAAAAGACCACUAGCUCAACUUCAACAGGUCAGUGAUGUUAAGGGGUAGUCUUUAAGUAUAGUGUUGCAAUGGGACUAAUUGCAGUUGCAGUUUCAGAACUUCAGACAAGAGGGAAGGGGGGGCGAUCAUCCAGACCCAGAGAUAAGGGGGUCUUUCUUAAAUAUUUUUUUCGACCUUUCAGGCCUCAGUUUGGUCCAAAAAUAACGGGGAGGCCCGGGGCCCCGGGUCCAUCCUGUAGAUCCGUCUCUGAAUUGCCGAACAAAUCUAAAAGUAGUAUCCAGAUACAGAACCAUGCUGAGUCGGCCCCUGAGUCGCUGGACUGUUAUGCCGGAAUUCAGAAGUAAUUACCAACGCCGGGCCCCUCCUGUAGAUCCACCUCUGAAUUGCCAACCAAAUCUAAAAAUAGUAUCCAGAUAUUAUCGCUUUUCAAAUAAUACGAAACAUUGAAAGAAAACAGAACCACUCUGAGUCGGCCCCUGAGUCGCUGGACUGUUAUGCCGGAAUUCAAAAGUAAUUACCGGUGUCAGUAAAACGAGGGAUCGCGCCCCGCCCGGGGCCGAAAACGGGGUCUAUCUCUUGUUUUUAAAGAAUACUGUUUUAGGGUUAGGGUUAUGUUAGGGUUAGGGUUAGUGUCAACUCGAACCGUAGCCCUAACCCUGAAACAGCAUUCUUUAAUAAGAAGAUGUAGAAACCAAUGAAGCUUUCCCUGAUAGACAAACGAAUCCCACAGACUUUGACAAACUCAAAGGAUAUAAUCCAAAAAGACCGAGAACAUGCUCGCCAAAGUAGCCUAACCAGAUCAACGCGCGGCCAAGAAAAUGAGGCCUGGGCAGUGUACAAAAAAGAUCCAUCCCAGGAGUCCUGGGAUGACCUUUCUGGGGACCAAUACAUCAUUUGCCCGAAGCCACCCUCCCCUGCUGGAAAAAUACUUGAUAGAAGGCAAUUGUUUUUCCUAGAAAAUCACAAUUCGCUAGAGCAAACCCCGCACACGCGCCUAAAUUUACCGCCCCAGGAUGGACCAACAUUUUGAAGGUCAAUGCCCGACAGGUCGGGCCUCAAAUUUUGGGUCAAAUUCCCCACAGUACGGAAAAGUGCCCGGAGUAUGCCCAAGGGGUAGGAGGUUUUGGAAUUGACUGGUAAGUAAUCUAACCCUUGUCGCACGCUAGCUGGAUAGAUUAAGGCUCCGUACUGAUAAACAUUCGGCUGGUGCACGAUAUACUUAGCGAAUAGCAAGUCUCGAGUUACGUCACAAAGAACACAACAAUGAUCGUUAUCCCUUACACGAUAACACAAUAGACUUCGCACAAUAGAACGAGACAAUAGUGCAUAAAUUGACUUGGUAUAUCGAGCAUCACCAAAACAUUCGCUUAUUUGUUUAAUACCCACUUUUAACUGAGUCUGGAUUUCUAAUUUCUUUCGAGUAGCACCAGCAGAUACAGGAGCAGCAACAACCGGCCAAGGAAACAGCAAGUCAGCUGACAAGUGGAUUCCCGCGAUUGCGAUUUUAACGUUUGGACUGGCCUUGUUUUUGACCCUGUUUACGGCGUAUCACUUUAUUAGUAAAAAGUUUGGCACAGGAUACCGCGCGUGGCGUAAGAUGACAUCAAGAGAGAAUGAGCUAGAUCAUUCUCUCUUGAUGACAUCCAAUCAUUUCUAAAGCAAAGGAAAUCACUAAAAGGGGCUUUGUCACGAGGAAACUUGGCUGAGAUCAUUACUUAAUGCCUCACAAAAUGCUCAGUUAGAUAUAAGAAGAAGAUUCCACACAAAUUUUAUCAGGGCGG